AUGCCACCAUCACUUUUUUCAAAAUUGACGAAAAGUCACUUGGAAAAUUGCCAAAAUUUGGAAGAACUCGAAUUCUAUGGUAGCUACUGGAAUUUCACUGCCCUCGACGUAGACGCUCUUGAAAAUUUACCAAAAGUAAAGAAACUCAAACUUGAUAGAUUAGAAAUUCCACACUUGACUCACGAUUAUUUGAAAAACCUCACCUCUGUGACUAAUCUAACUCUACAGCAUUGUGAAAUUGAAGAAAUUGAUCCAGACGUGUUCAGUGAUUUGAAAAACCUUGAAGAAGUUGGAUUGAAUUGCAACAAAUUGACAAAACUGCCGCAAAAUCUAUUCAAAAAUAAUCCCAAAUUAGAAAAACUGACCUUGGUUUCGAAUAGAAUAAGAAACUUGACUUGGGACGAGUUUGAGGGAUUGGACACUUUGAAGGUGCUUUACAUUGGACAAAACUCGAUCAAGCAUUUUGAUGCCGAAAAAAUUGCCAAAAAUAUGCCCAACCUGAGGGAACUCAACGUGUUUUUGACCAAACUGAAGGGCUCCGAAUUGGAGGAAUUUCAAAGGGAACUGCAAGCAAAACUGAAUCACACUGUAAAUGUCUCAGGGGAGUAUGACCACAGGUCUUAUUCCCUCUGUGUUUGA